CACCUGCACAAAAACAGCAAAAACCAGUGGAUUUUCGCCGAGAAUUUCUAGUCCGGUGUCUAGUGUGUGACCGAAUUUCACUCGUUCACAGUGAGUUCUUAACAGCUACAGUCCUUAACGGAGUUCGAGAGAGUCUGCUUUGUGUCUGGUGUUGUCCCCGCGUUUUUGUCCUGAUCCGAUCCGGACAACCCACGUGUCACGAGUCAAUUACCGCAAUUCAUAGUUUCCCAAUUUGGCGAGUGUCUUCCAUAUACACCAGAUGUGAGGUGUGACCUCCAGCCAUGUUAGGUGGGAGUGCAUUGUAGUCUGUUCCCCAGUCGUGAGCACUUUUCCUCAAUAUGCCAAAAAGUGUGUCGAGUGAUCUCUAGUAAUACUUGAGCACACUGUUUGUACAGCAGUAAUGGAGUAUCUGUGUAUAGGAGAUGAGGGGACAGCAGGAUUCCCAGAGUGACAGUGGAGAUGAGGAAGGCGACCAUUUCCUGAAAGAUCGAUCCAGAUUCUCUCCUCCCCCUCCUUCGCCUGAUGACCUGGACGACAUCCAGCCAGACAUGCUCCCUCCCCUCUCCUGUCCCCGCCUCGUAGAUCGACCUCGGGAAUUCCGCCAUUUUCUCUUCGUCUUCCUCACCUUCUCUCUCCUCACUGCUGCCAUCGCCUUACUCAUCUGGCUAUCUGGUGAAUUACAUCAUCAUGAUGUCACCGUUACAUCAUAGGUUGGGUGGAGACAGAGUUCGAGAUGACUUCCGUGACCUCUACGAGGGAGCUCCGCCCAGUGCCCAAGAUGCUGCAGGAGAUGGUGAAAGAUCCGACGUCACUCAGAGUCAUGUACCACGGAGCUGGCAGAGACCACAAGGACCCUCCUUUUCAGCUGGUGGUAUUGGUCGAGAGUCAGGCCAGCCACUCUGACCUGCGUCGGGCGGCAAGGGAGACGUGGGCCUCCUCCCCCAGUGUGGGUGGAGCUUCCCUCAUCAUUUUCACUGUCGCUGCUCGAGGUCUCUCGUCUGACAGGAUGCAGCAUUUAGAGAGGGAGUCCAGGGCCCAUGGUGACAUGGCAGUGUUCACCGAUAGUGCAGCUCUCCCAGAGAGCGAGCAUCUCCUCUACCAGCUGGGCUGGCUGCAGCACUCUGUCUCCUACCACUUCUUACUCAGGACCAAAGACAGGUACUAUGUGAGACUGGACGAGAUUCUGCACAGCCUCCAACCCCAUGACCCAGCCACCUCAAGUCUCUACUGGGGUUACUUUGAAGCCAACCGCCACGCCAAGCAACGCUGGACCGGCAAGCACUGGGAACCGGACUGGUUCCUCUGCAGCAAGUUCAUCAGCUGUACAUGAACGAGGACAUUGCCGUGGCAACCUGGCUGUCUCCGUUUGGCGACGUGACGUGGAAACACGACGUGAGAUUCGACACGGACCCGGGCCAGUCGCGAGGUUGCCAGAACACCUUCCUGGUGUUCCCGGUCAACAGCUAUGGGGACAUGAUAGUGAGACACCAGAGACUGAGAGAUAGUCACAAGGUCUGUCGCAAGGAGCACUUUCUUCUGAGACCACACACUUUCGACUUCUCUGUUGUUCCCUCACAAUGCUGUCACUCUCUCUAGAUUUUCACUCUUUGUACUAUGUAUGUACCAUGUUCAAUGUGUGUUCCAACCAUGUGUGUUGUUUUUCAAUCAGUUUUCAGUUGGGAUUAGUGGUGCAUUGUUCAC